AUGGAUAAGUACCUUUCAAACGAGGUGCCACCCAUCCCAAUGAUACCAGACGGGAAGUACCGCCGGGAGAGUGCCUCCGUGGUGGAUGAGUUCUUCUCCACAGAGAAGCCCUCUUCGACGCCCUACAGCGUGAACAUUAAUGUGAUUCUGCCAGACACGACGCACCUGCGCACUGGACUUUACCGCCCACCUAAACCCAUGACCUCCUUCCCACAGAUCAAAACAGAGCCUGGCACCAGCUUUGCCCAGCCCUGCUCUUCUGCGUCCACGCAGACCCUGCCUGACUUCACCAGUGUCUUCAGCAUGCCCCAGUCAGUGGCAGUGAACAACAUCUUCAUCAAGCAGGAGAUGCCUUCUGAGAUCCCCCUCUCUGCCAAUCUGCAGCAACCCCAGCUUUACCAGAUGCCUCUUGGCAAUGGCAGCGGCGACAUUGCCACGCUCACGCCCUCCUCCAACAGCACCACGGCCGUCAACAGCCUCAGUGGUGUCACCAUGUCCACAGGAAGCACCAUGUCCAGUGUGGUUCACAGACCCGUGCAGCCGGGAGGGCCAGUUAAGCAGUACCCACACAUCUCCCAGGGACAGGGCAACUUCAACAUCUCGGGGCAGUUCUACGCUGUCCCAGGGGUGAACCUGCCCCCUUCGCCCCCCAACUCACAGCCCGGCAGCCCAGAAAACCAACCUGAGCUCAUCAACACCAUCUCUCCCCCACCAUCCUAUGAAGCCACUUUUGGACUGAAGUUGGUCCAGUCAUCUCAGGUCCCUCCAGUCCCCAAUGGCCUUGGGACCCUCUCCCAAGGGCACAUUGUCAUGCAGCCCCCCAAAUACAACAGACGCAACAAUCCUGAGCUGGAGAAGAGGAGAAUCCAUCACUGCGAUUUCCCAGGUUGCUCAAAAGUUUAUACCAAGAGCUCGCACCUGAAGGCCCAUCAGAGGACUCACACAGGCGAGAAGCCCUACAAAUGCACAUGGGAAGGCUGCGACUGGCGCUUCGCCCGCUCCGACGAGCUGACCCGGCACUACCGGAAGCACACGGGCGCCAAACCCUUCAAGUGCCUCGCCUGCGGCCGGUGCUUCUCCCGCUCUGACCAUCUGGCUCUCCACAUGAAGCGGCACCAGAACUAG